UAAUUCACGAGGAGGAGACAGACGCUGCCUGAGCAUUCCUCUGGUUUCGCCUUAAAACUCCAAGUGACAUCUGAUUGUAGCCUGUAGCUUUAGUGAUCUAGUGAGUGUGUGAGACACAGCUGGAUUUAUUUCUUUAAAAAACCAAACAGUUUCCAGUAGUUUUUUUAUUUAUUAGCUUUUUAAUAAUCUGUAUUUCAACUCAGAGAAGUCCACUUGUCAGAGCGACAGCGGGAGAGGCGCAUCCUAAGUUUCUGGAGAGGAGAAAGCGCGCAGAUGGCCGCCCUCAUCAGCGCGUACUCGUCGUGGCCAGAGUCCUUCGAGUGUCCUCCGGGAGACGGGGACGUGUCGGACGGACACGGCCCGCACAGGACCCCCGUGGACAAGGCGCCGGAGCCGCGCAUCAGGCGGCCCAUGAACGCGUUCAUGGUGUGGGCCAAAGAUGAGCGCAAGCGGCUGGCGGUUCAGAAUCCAGACCUGCACAAUGCCGAGCUCAGCAAAAUGUUGGGCAAGUCAUGGAAGGCCCUGACUCCCCCUGACAAGAGGCCCUAUGUGGAGGAAGCGGAGAGGCUCCGGGUGCAGCACAUGCAGGACUACCCCAACUAUAAGUAUCGGCCUCGCAGGAAGAAGCAGCUGAAACGCAUCUGCAAGCGAGUGGACCCCGGCUUCCUGCUGAGCGGGCUGGCCCCCGAUCAGAACGCCCUGCCCGACCAGCGAGUCCUCUGUCACCCCCCCGACAAAGACGACGGCAGCCCUAAUGGUAUCAGAAGCGGCUUCUCCAGCCCCGGCCCGGUUCUGCCCGGCGUCAGAAGCUUCAGAGACCAAGCCGGCUCCAACAGCAGCUUUGACAUCUACCCCUACAGCCUGCCCACUCCCCCCGAGAUGUCCCCCUUAGACGGCAUGGACCAUGAGCAUGUACCCCCUUCUUAUUAUUCAACAUCUGGUAGCUCCUCCUGCUCUUCCUCCUGCCCAGAUGAGCACCACCAGAAUCAGACGCACAUGGGCAGCCCCCCCCCUUACCACACCGACUACACCCAGACUCAAAUCCAUUGUGGGGCCACACACCUAGGUCACAUCUCUCACCUGUCCCAGACUGGUGGUGGACUGAUCCCCGGCCCGCAGCUGUCUUACUACAGUUCCUCAUCUUUCCACCAGAUCCACCACGGCCUCCACCACGGCCACCUGGGUCAGCUGUCCCCCCCGCCAGAAACACAGGGUCACCUGGAGACUUUCGACCAGCUGAGUCAGGCAGAGCUUCUGGGUGAGGUGGACCGCAAUGAGUUUGACCAGUACCUGAACUCCAAUGGGACCGGCUUCCUUCCCGAGCAGGGCGGCAGCAUGACCGUCACAGGACACAUCCAGGUGGCGUCUGCCUCUGCUGCGUCUGCGAGUCCCAGCAGCACCACAGAAAGCAGCCUCAUUUCGGUCCUCGCGGACGCAACGGCGGCCUACUACAACAACUACGGCAUCUCGUAAGCACCCAUUGCACUGGUUGCUCAUCAGAGACUUUACACGGGCUUUAAAGUGAUGAUGUGGGAUGAAGUUGCACCUGGGUGCCAGUAAGGGAGAACAAAAAUGGCUGUGCUUUUGAGGUGUAAAUUCAAGUCCCAUAUUAACAUACAUGAGCAAAAUCCACCAUGAUUUGAAACCAGAACUGAUUACUGAGCAAAAUGAUCAUCUGGAGCCGAGGAAAGAACAAAGAGAAAUUGGAGGAAUAUGAAGAAAGGGAGAUGGACACCUCAGGGAUGCAGACACACAGGACUAUAGUAUGCCACCUCCUGUUGUCAUGACAUUUCUAAACCUGAAGAACAAUCGUAAAGACUUGUUGUCCACUUGUAAAUGUCACCAGUUACUGUUGCCACUGCGGCAUGUACAGACGCUCUUUAGCAGCUAAUUUAAGUCCUUUGAUGUUUCGCAUAAAUGCUAAAUGCAUUGCUAUUAUCAACGCUUUCCAUUUGAAUGUUUGUACUAUAUGUUCUCUCUCUCUCUCUCUUUCUCUCUCUCUCUCUCAUAAGUUUGGGAGUCUUACCUCAGUAGUUGUAAUUGAAUGAGAUUUUAGUUGGACAUUUCUUAUGCAAUUUAACAAAACGGUGUAUAGUGAAGAAAAAAGGCGUUUAUACUUCUUCUCAAGUACUUAAUAAUAUAUAAUCAUAACCUCUACCAUGAAAAAUAAUAAUGGUAACUAUAAAUGUAUGCUGAUUUAAGUUUGUGAAAGACAAUAAUUUAAAAUAAAGUUACAUUUUUUUUAUACAAAAGCAGUUGCUACUUGGAUGACGUGCCCGCAGGAAACAUACCACAACAACAUCAUCAUGUAUGAAGUAUUGGUAAAUAACUGAUUCACUAAAGAAACUACGCAAUGGCGGAUGAAACCCAUUCCACUAUAUAUAUAUAUAUAUAUAAAUAUACCAACAAAGUAAUACAAUCCUCAUUUAAAAAAAAGAAAAGAAAGAAAAGUAUUCAUGCUCUAGGUUUUCAGACACAAAUGGGAGGGAGUGAGAGGGGGGGGGAUAUUUUUCCAUCUUUGAAUUCCGUGUCACGUAUACUUCUAUCUAUCUGUUGUACUGCAAGUGGCCCAUUCUGCCCCCCCCCCCCCCCCCCCUCUCUUGCUUUUUUCCACCCUCCAUCACAUCAUCCUUCUCCAUCCGUCUCCACUCGCUUUCAUUUACAGAGGAUUAGUGUAAAACAAGCACAGCCGUCGCCACCCGCCUCCAUCUCAACCGCCCUUUGUUUUCCUGGAGUCUUAUUCUGGGGUGCCAUUCUUAGGCACUCCGGACCCCACUCCCACCCCCCGCCCCCACCCCCUCACCCGCGUUCUAUCUUGCUGAUGCAGACCUUUUUGUAAUCUGUGCAGAAUAAAUAAAAAUAAUAAAUCCCA